CGUCGCCAGGUGCUCAACAUGGGAAGAUCGGGCACUUCAUGGCACACACGAGGGUUGAUCCAGAAAUAAUGUUCCCAUCAAUUUUAGAAAUGGACAACAUCGUUUAUUCUUAUAGAAAUUUACGUCGUUGGAAAGAUUAAACUUUGCUUUAUUUUUCUACAUAAUCGCCAUCUUUUUCUACGCAUUUUUGUAAACGGUGCUCCAAUUUCUGUAUCCUAAUGUCGUAGAACUCCGCCGCCAGCCCGUUGAGGAAGCGUUAGACUUCAUCGUCGCUCCGGUAGCGUUGGCCACUCAAAUGUUCCUUUAACUUGGGGAACAAGCGAUAAUCACUAGGCACGAGGUCUGGACUGUAUACGGUGGGUGGGGCAUGACAGACCACCCAUAGUUUGUCAAAAGGUUUUUUGGGCUUGACUGGAGACGUGAGGUCAGGCGUUGUCGUGAAGCAGCGUUACACCGGCUGCCAGUCGUCCUCGCCGGCGGUUCUGCAUAGCUCGCCUGAGUUUUCUUAGUGUUGCACAAUAACUGUCCGAGUUGAUUGUUGUCUCGCGUUCCAUGAAAUCGAUCAGUAAUAUCCCCUUACAAUCCCAAAAACACACGGGCCAUGACCUUGCCAGCAGAAGUUUGUUUGAAGUUCUUUGCGACUGGUGACUCUGGGUGACGCCACUCUGUGGAUUUUUGUUUCGUUUUGGGAGUGAAAUGAAACACCCACGUUUCGUCUCCCCUAACAAUGGAGUCCAACAAUCCUUCCUUAUCUUCUUGACACUUUUGAAAAAACUGGCGAGCACAGUCAAGGCGUUUCUCCUUGUGGUCUGAUGUCAACAGCCGCUGUACCUAUCGAGCACAACACUUGUGAUACCCUAAUUUUUCAGUCAAAGCUCUUUCCACUGUACCGUAAGAACUCCCAGAAAUCUGAGCAACAAGUUCACGACAGUCAUCCUCCAGUUUUGAAGCACUUCGCGUUGGACCAUCUCGAUAAGCACCUCCGAAACUGACGGUCUUACAUUCCGUUCUUCAUCGUGGACUUCCUUCCGACCGGCACUGAACUGCCUGCACCGCUUUCGGACGUGUUGAACGGACAUACACUUGUCGCCAUACGCCUGUCUCAAUUCACGACGGAUAUCCACGGGUGGAGUCCCUUUGGCGUGCAAAGGGCGAAUUACGGAACGAAUCUCGCGCCUGGCGGGAUCAACGACGGGGGACGGCGGCUGAGCCGAGCGGCGCAGCGAUUGGCGACUGUGCCGCGCGGGCCUGUCGCGUUGACUUCCCGUGAGUAACGUAUACGCGUGCCAUCGUGACAAAAUGACGCACCAUAAUGAUAACCGGCGUGGUAUGUGCCGGCCAUUCCAAGUGGGCGCACCGCGCAAAGGCCGUGAAAUGCGUCAUACAUACUGCCCUUGGACGGGGCCCAAUUAAAAGAGUUCACCGAUGAAAAAGCACCGUUUUUGUGCAUUUCAGUGCGUGCUUUCCGCCCCCCCCCCUUUUUUUUUUCUUUUCACGCACGGACACCAGCGGCGAAUUGGGCUGGUCUUGUAAUCGCGGGCUAUUUAUCUCUUUCGUAAGACAUCAAAAAAAAGAAGAAGUUUUAUUGUAUCGCCCAACAUUUCUUGCACGCUAUUUUCCAAGUCUGCUUUAUUGGGGAGAGAUGCGAUCUUUCUUCGGAGGAAAGCACACUGACAAUGGCGUAGCCUGCGAUCGAAAAUGCGGUCUAUAUGCUUCCCGACAUUUUAGUGUUAUGAAAUACGCGUUCCUGUGUCGGCUAACGCAGAAAAACUACACCAAAGUUACUCACUGGCCUAAGUAUUAUUUAUCGGUAGGUCAGUCUGUCAGUCACGCAAUGAUGCGGAUUACCAUGGAUAGGCGCAAUGUUAUGAAGAGUAACAAAGGUUGACGGACGAGAAGACGGGGUGCCGAGGGUCCCGAUUUUUGUCAGUCGCAACCAUAUGAAGUCAACAGCUUAUGGAGCCAAGGAUAAAGCACGGGGAUGGGAAGUUAACCCACACCCACUGUCCACUUUUGUUUCCCUUUAACAUUUGCAUAUACUUCAACUUAAAAAAAAAAGAAGAAGAACAAUGACUUUUCCCCCAUGCUUUCCUUGGCUUCGUUAUCUGUUGGGUUCAUAUGAAAAGUACUAUAGCUAGCAAUGCGGUGACACAGACUAAAUCAGUCGUUUCGGGGAGGGCUUUCACAUAAGGCUGUAUACAGUUAAUAAGUUAUAAUUCAUGCCGACAGAGGACUUACAAAGAAACAGGUAACACAUCAGUGAGUGCUAUACAUAUUGUGUCUUCUGCUGCUGCGAUUGAUAAGAUCAUCAAACCACCAUUUAACUUAGUGCAUGGGCUACAAUAGCAAAAUCGAAGCGAGCUCAAGAUUCGUAAAUUUGCCAAGGAUCUGCGGGGACACUUUCGUAGUGUAUGUAUCCGCCAAGUGCGCGGAAGAGCGCAUAGCGAAAUGCACGAAAUGCACCCGGAAUACUUUGGAGAAAUAUUCACUGACGACUUUUAAGCGUGCUCCAGAUACUUUGUCCGCAUCGGUCUAACGCCGACACAUCCAUUAAAUUAGAUAGCAUCCGAGGAAUAAAAUGUCACAGCCGCAAAAUCGGAGGCGAUGCACGUGUACAAGUGUACACGCAUACUACAAGCUAGCAUUUCGAAAUGGCAGCGAUUAAUGAAAACAGUGGUCCUGAACACGUGUUUCAUACAUUUUGAGACACAUUCUGAUUGUGUCAAGAUAAUAUACAAUAUGGAAUAAUCUGCGCAAAGUGCGGUAUAGAGGAAACGAUUUUCCCGGUUGUUGUUAUCAUCGCGUAAAUUUGUUGAGCGUGCAGAAGUGCGCUACAUACAUACACGACGACGCAGGCGACAUCCGAACAGACGACGUCGUGCGCGCACAGGCCGCGGCAGAAAGAGCGAAGCGUUGUUCGGGUCGUCGACCCCGGAUUGAUUCUGGCGCGUUCAAACUUUCGCGUCGCUUCGGGCCCUUGGGCGCCGGUUGCCGCACGCGCUCGCAGGGAGGAAGCGGAAAACGGGCAGCGCUUACAGCGCGGUAACCACGGGCGACGCUCUGCCCGCCGCGGUGCACAACACGGGCUGCUUCUCCUCGGGCGGCGUCGAGCGGCCAGCUCCUUCAGCCGGCUGAUGGGCUGCUGCUGCUGCUGCUGCUGCUGCGACCGCAACAACCAGGUUCACUCGGCGGGCGGCUUGGAGAGGCAGCGUUCGUGCACGGACAUUGGUUGGCUGCUCGUCUUCGCCGCUCUCAGCGCUGGCCUGGGGGCGCUGCUGAGCUGGGCCGUGCGCAAGGGCGGCGACCCACGGCGGCUGCUCCACGGCGUGGACAGCGAGGGCAAUGUGUGCGGCCGCGGUGACCAGCAGCCGCUGCCGGGCGUGCCGGGCUCCGGUCAGAACACCACGGGACUCACGCUCCUGGUGCUGGAGGAUGCGCUGGGCCGCAAGCGACACUGCGCCGCCAGCUGCCCCCCGGGAUACAGGCAAACCGUGUUCCGAAGGUGCGUGCUGGACUCGGGUCCCGUGGCCCUCGUGCACGGCACACUCAACGUCAGCGGCGCGGUGAUCGAGGAGGUUGUACAAGACCUGGCCACCUGCCGACGGGAGCUGGGCUACAUGGGCCUCGUGGCGAUAGGGCUCAGCGUGGCGGCACUGCUUCUGCUGCGCUACUGCGUGGCCCUACUCGUGUGGUUCCUCCUGAUGGCGGUGUCCCUGGGAUGCGUCGGAGGGACGUUCUACCUCUGGUUCUCGUGGAAUGCGAGGCGGCGUAGCGCACAGCCGAACGCGGGAGCCUGGCUGGUAGCUGCCGUCGCGGGAACCACGGCCAUGGUGCUGUUGAUGCUCACGGUGCUAGUGCUACGCAAGCGAAUACAGCUGGUCACGGCUCUGUUCGGGGAGGCUGGAAAGGCGCUGACCGCCAUGCCUGGUCUGCUGCUGCAGCCCGCCUGGACGCUGUGCUUCUGCGCGGCGACGGCGGUGGCCGGCGCGGCGGCGAUGCUCGUGCUGCUCACGGCGGGCGACGCGGCGGUCGCCAGGGGCGCAGACGACGACAGCGGCGGUCACGUGACGGUGCUGCUGAAACGGGACUCGCUGCUUCGUCUCGGGCCCUGGUACCUGGCCCUGGUCGUGGGUUGGUUGCUCCAACUGGCCGUCAGCUGCCAAGAAGUCGUGGUGGCAGGCGCCGCGGCCGAUUGGUACUUUUACAGGCCGGCGGCAGCCCGCCGGUGGGCGCAGUGCGCGAGCCUGUGGCGGCUGGUGCGCUACCACCUGGGCUCCGUGCUGCUGGGCUCGCUGCUAGUGGCCGUGGCGCGCGUGCUGAGGCUCGCCUGCAGGAUCGCCGGCCGCCGGUGCCGCAAGCCCGGAGCCCACUGCUGCUGCUGCCUCGAUCCGUGCGGCGGCUGCGUCGCGGCGCUCAGGUUCCUCAACAGGAACGCCUUCGUCAUGCUCGGACAAGGUGGGCCACCUGCUCUGGGGCCAGUGGGUUCCCCUGACUGCGGGAGCCCUGGGCUCGUUCCUGGUGGCGCACUGCUUCCUCUCGGUGUACGAGAUGACGCUGGACACGCUGUUCCUGUGCUUCUGCCACCAGUGCGAGGAGAUCGGCCGUGGUGGUGUCGCCACGAUCGCAGUACCCGACGCACUCGCGGCCUUCGUGGAGAAGAGUGGCAGCGUGGCUCCGCCUACCUCUCGCCGAUGAGCAGCUGUCUCGCGGUGGAGCGAAAUGCCAUUUUAGGCUGGGGACAGAGCCUCCGUUCUUCUAUUGUCACGCGGUAGCGACGGGGAAGAACAGCAAAAUUGUGAAUAGCUUCACUUUUACUUGAGCAAAUGUGCCCACAAAAAACAAAAAAAAAAAAACAGGCUACACUCAAAGCAAAACGAUAGCGGCGAAGGCAGUCGGCGAUCGACGAAAAUCUGAUCGGCGGGUCAAGUGCGUGUGCGUCUAUAAACCACUCGACGACGGUUUUAGUGUAAUCGCUAGUGCCCGCGUGGUUUCCAGAAACUACUACACAAUUCGUGUCGUGCAUGCAAUAUGAUAAUGCAAGGUUCGGCGAGCACAUACACAACUGAUAGAAUGAACGAUGACAUUCGCGUAAGGUCCAAAUCAUGCAGGCGCGCCUUGCGCUGAGCGAUAACGUUUAGCAUUUGUUAGCCGGUGAACAGCGGGCACCGGAGAAAGAUAAACAAGCACCCGUGUCAAUAUAAAAGGUGUUUCAGCGAACACAAAAAAUCCUUAACGUUGCCUGUGGCAGACAGCACAAUUCUAGUUCAUGAGCUGGCCUACUCAGAGCCGGACAUUACUUGCACAAGAAAUUGAAAUAAAUAAUAGACUAAUCAAAAAUUUAGUAAUUGAGUUCUGGACUAAUUACCUGAUGGCCCAUAUUGCAAUUUACAAAUUCUAGCCGUGGAGUCUGAAAGGCGGAUCCAAAUGGAACGAAUUCUCAGGAUGCCACCAGCUUCGAGAUAUUAAUUCCCGAACUUUGCGGAGAAAUGCGUUGGCGUUCUGUUACUUUUGAGCUUCAAUGCAUAAACCAACGCUUUGUUGAGAAAGUAAAUGGAACGCAAAUGCAUGCACUCAUGCGCUUCACGUCGCGCAACACAGACAGAUAAUCAGUCAAUGAGUUGAUAACGAUUAUAAAGAGUGAUGAAGGGUUAUAUAGGUCUCAUCAGGUUAAUAAUUGUUCGACGCGGAUGGAUAAUGUGCUAAAGAGCGAUGAGGGCUUAUAACGGUCGUAGCUAUUAUGAUAAGGUCAAUAAGUACCGAUAUGGGUUGAUAAGGACCUAUAAGAGUUGAUAGGGGUCGGAUCAUGUCCAAUAACGUUGAUAAGGAUCGGAUCGAUUGCGAUAAGUUGAUACCGACCUAAAGGUUGAUAAUGCUCGGAUCGAGUCCGAUACGGUUGAAAACAACCGAUAAGUGGCGAUAAGGAUAGGAUCUAGUCCGAUAAGGGUUAACAAGGGCUUAUACAGGUCAGAUCAAGUUUCAUAACAUUGAUAAUGACACCGGGCUGCGUGGAGAUGAGCAAGUGGCACAAUGCUUAUACGCAUACAACUCCCAGAGGAGUUCAUGCGUGAACUACUUUUUCCUGUUCACCAGCUGGGUGUUUCGCACAAAUGAGGGAGAGAAAAGGAGAAGGACGCGCAGUCACUCGUCUCUCCCCCCUCUUGGGCGAAACAACAUCGCAGCGAACCGAACGAUGCCGUACCAGCUAUCCCUGCACUUUAAGCCCUACUAUCGGUGCCGGUUCUUGAACCAACCUAACGACACGAACUACUUCUUGGUAUUACGAGCCCCGAAUUAGAUCCAUUGCUCGAGGCGACACGAUCCAACCAAAAUGGCAUUUAACGUUCAUCGAUUCAAAAGGAGUGCGAGCCGCGUGGACAGGCUCAUCACAUCGCU